ACAAUUCCCUUCAGGCUCGGGGAGCCUUUGUGCAGCACGCAUGCGCAGUCCAGCGGCCAAUGCCGCUAUAAAGGCUUGUUUUGCUCCGGGGCUGAUGCUCGGGAGCGUGGUCGAGUGGCCGGUACGGCCGCCCUGGAGCCGGGGUACAGAAAUUCUCAAGUGAAACCAAAAGUCUGUGAGCCCUGGCAUCUCCAUUCAGAGAAGAUGAAGGAUAUCGACAUAGGAAAAGAGUAUAUCAUCCCCAGUCCUGGUUAUAGAAGUGUGAGGGAGAGAACCAGCACUUCUGGGCAGCACAGAGAGCGCGAGGACUCCAAAUACAAGAGAACUCGGCCGUUGGAAUGCCAAGAUGCCUUGGAAACAGCAGCCCGAGCUGAGGGCCUUUCCCUGGAUGCCUCCAUGCAUUCUCAGCUCAGAAUCCUGGAUGAGGAACAUCCCAAGGGAAAGUACCAUCAUAGCUUAAGUGCUCUGAAGCCCAUCCGGACCACUUCCAAACACCAGCACCCAGUGGACAAUGCUGGGCUCUUCUCCUGCAUGACUUUUUCUUGGCUUUCUCCUCUGGCCCGCAUGGCCCACAGGAAAGGGGAGCUCUCAAUGGAAGACGUGUGGUCUUUGUCCAAGCACGAGUCUUCUGAUGUGAACUGCAGAAGACUAGAGAGACUGUGGCAAGAAGAGCUGAAUGAAGUUGGGCCAGACGCUGCUUCCCUCCGAAGGGUUGUGUGGAUCUUCUGCCGCACCAGGCUCAUCCUCUCCAUCGUGUGCCUGAUGAUCACGCAGCUGGCUGGCUUCAGUGGACCAGCCUUCAUGGUGAAACACCUCUUGGAAUACAGCCAGGUCACAGAUUCUAACCUCAAGUACAGCUUGCUGUUAGUCCUGGGCCUCCUCCUGACGGAAGUCGUGCGCUCGUGGUCUCUCGCGCUGACUUGGGCGUUGAAUUACCGAACUGGUGUCCGCUUGCGGGGGGCCAUCCUAACCAUGGCAUUUAAGAAGAUCCUUAAGCUAAAGAACAUUAAAGAGAAGUCUGUGGGUGAGCUCAUCAACCUGUGCUCCAACGACGGGCAGAGGAUGUUCGAAGCAGCUGCCGUUGGCAGCUUGUUGGCGGGAGGACCCAUUAUUGCCAUUUUAGGCAUGAUUUAUAACGUAAUUAUUCUAGGACCAACAGGCUUCCUAGGAUCAGCUGUUUUUAUCCUCUUUUAUCCAGCAAUGAUGUUUGUAUCACGGAUCACUGCAUAUUUCAGGAGAAAAUGUGUGACCACCACAGAUGAACGUGUCCAGAAGAUGAAUGAAGUCCUCACGUACAUUAAAUUUAUUAAAAUGUAUGCCUGGGUCAAAGCAUUUUCUCAGAGUGUUCAAAAAAUCCGAGAGGAGGAGCGUCGGAUCUUGGAAAAAGCUGGAUACUUUCAGAGCAUCACCGUUGGUGUGGCUCCCAUUGUGAUGGUGAUUGCCAGUGUGGUGACCUUCUCUGUUCACAUGACCCUUGGCUUUGAUCUCACAGCAGCACAGGCUUUCACAGUAGUGACUGUGUUCAAUUCCAUGACUUUUGCUUUGAAAGUAACACCAUUCUCUGUAAAAUCCCUCUCGGAAGCAUCAGUUGCUGUUGACAGAUUUAAGAGUUUGUUUCUGAUGGAAGAGGUUCACAUGGUAGAGAAAAAGCCAGCCAGCCCUCACAUCAAGAUAGAGGUGAAAAAUGCCACCUUGGCAUGGGACUCCUCCCACUCCAGUAUCCAGAACUCACCCAAGCUGACCCCCAAAACGAAAAAAGACAAGAGGGCUGCCAGGGGCAAGAAAGAGAAGGGGAGACAGCUGCAGCGUGCCGAGCAGCAGGCCGUGCUGGCAGAGCAGAAAGGCCACCUCCUCCUGGACAGUGAGCAGCCCAGCCCUGAGGAAGACGAGGGCAAGCACAUCCACCUGGGAAGCCUCCGCCUGCAGAGGACACUAUACAGCAUCGACUUGGAAAUUGAGGAGGGUAAACUGGUUGGAAUCUGCGGCAGUGUGGGAAGUGGAAAAACCUCUCUGAUUUCAGCCAUUUUAGGCCAGAUGACACUUCUAGAGGGCAGCAUUGCAGUCAGUGGAACCUUCGCUUAUGUGGCCCAGCAGGCCUGGAUCCUCAAUGCCACUCUGAGAGACAACAUCCUCUUUGGGAAGGAAUUUGAUGAAGAAAGAUACAACUCUGUGCUGAACAGCUGCUGCCUGAGGCCCGACCUGGCCAUUCUUCCCAACAGUGACCUGACUGAGAUUGGCGAGCGAGGAGCGAACCUGAGUGGUGGGCAGCGUCAAAGGAUCAGCCUGGCCCGGGCCUUGUACAGUGACCGGGACAUCUACAUCCUGGAUGAUCCCCUCAGUGCCUUAGAUGCCCACGUGGGCAACCACAUCUUCAACAGUGCUAUCCAGAAACACCUCAAGUCCAAGACGGUUCUGUUUGUCACCCACCAGUUACAGUACCUGGCGGAUUGUGAUGAAGUGAUCUUCAUGAAGGAGGGCUGCAUUACAGAAAGAGGCACCCACGAGGAACUGAUGAACUUGAAUGGUGAUUAUGCCACCAUCUUUAACAACCUGUUGCUGGGAGAGACACCCCCGGUUGAGAUUAAUUCGAAAAAAGAAACCAGUGGUUCACAGAAGAAAUCACAAGACAAAGGUCCUAAAACAGGAUCAGUAAAGAAGGAGAAAGCAGUGAAGCCAGAGGAAGGGCAGCUGGUGCAACUGGAAGAGAAGGGGCAGGGUUCAGUGCCCUGGUCAGUGUAUGGUGUCUAUAUCCAGGCCGCGGGGGGCCCCUUGGCUUUCCUGGUCAUCAUAUCCCUUUUCAUGCUGAAUGUGGGCAGCACCGCCUUCAGCAAUUGGUGGUUGAGUUACUGGAUCAAACAAGGAAGUGGGAACACCACAGUGACACAUGGGAACAAGACGUCUGUGAGCGGCAGCAUGAAGGACAACCCUCGCAUGCAGUACUAUGCCAGCAUCUAUGCCCUCUCCAUGGUCGUCAUGCUGAUCCUGAAAGCCAUUCGAGGAGUUGUCUUUGUCAAGGGCACACUGCGAGCCUCCUCCCGGCUACAUGACGAACUUUUCCGAAGGAUCCUUCGAAGCCCUAUGAAAUUUUUUGACACCACCCCCACGGGGAGGAUUCUCAACAGGUUUUCCAAAGACAUGGAUGAAGUCGAUGUACGCCUGCCGUUCCAGGCCGAGAUGUUCAUCCAGAAUGUCAUCCUUGUGUUCUUCUGUGUUGGAAUGAUCGCUGGGGUUUUCCCGUGGUUCCUGGUGGCGGUGGGGCCCCUCUUCAUCCUCUUCUCAGUUCUGCACAUUGUUUCCAGGGUCCUGAUUCGAGAGCUGAAACGUCUGGACAAUAUCACACAGUCCCCCUUCCUCUCCCACAUCACAUCCAGCAUACAGGGCCUUGCCACCAUCCAUGCCUACAACAAAGGGCAGGAAUUUCUGCACAGGUACCAGGAGCUCCUGGAUAACAACCAAGGUCCUUUUUUCCUGUUCACGUGUGCAAUGCGGUGGCUGGCUGUGCGGCUGGACCUGAUCAGCAUUGCCCUGAUCACCACCACUGGGCUGAUGAUCGUUCUUAUGCAUGGGCAGAUUCCCCCCGCCUACUCUGGUCUUGCCAUCUCCUAUGCCGUCCAGUUAACCGGGCUGUUCCAGUUCACUGUCAGACUGGCAUCUGAGACAGAAGCCCGCUUCACCUCAGUGGAGAGGAUCAACCACUACAUCAAGACUCUCUCUUUGGAAGCACCUGCCAGGAUUAAGAACAAGGCUCCCUCCCCUGACUGGCCCCAGGAAGGAGAGGUGAGCUUUGAGAAUGCAGAAAUGAGGUACCAAGAAAAUCUCCCUCUGGUUCUGAAGAAAGUAUCCUUCACGAUCAAACCCAAGGAGAAGAUUGGCAUCGUGGGGCGGACCGGAUCAGGGAAAUCCUCUCUGGGAAUGGCCCUCUUCCGUCUGGUGGAGUUAUCUGGAGGCUGCAUCAAGAUCGAUGGCGUGAGAAUCAGUGAUAUUGGCCUUGCUGACCUCCGAAGCAAGCUGUCCAUUAUUCCUCAAGAGCCAGUGCUGUUCAGUGGCACCGUCAGGUCAAAUUUGGAUCCCUUCAACCAGUACACUGAAGACCAGAUCUGGGAUGCCCUAGAAAGGACACACAUGAAAGAAUGUAUUGCUCAGCUACCUCUGAAACUUGAAUCUGAAGUGAUGGAGAAUGGCGAUAACUUCUCAGUGGGGGAACGGCAGCUCCUGUGCAUAGCCAGAGCCUUGCUCCGUCACUGUAAGAUUCUGAUUCUUGAUGAAGCCACAGCCGCCAUGGACACGGAGACAGACUUACUAAUCCAAGAGACCAUCCGAGAAGCGUUUGCUGACUGCACCAUGCUGACCAUUGCCCAUCGCCUACAUACAGUCCUCGGCUCUGAUAGGAUUAUGGUGCUGGCCCAGGGACAGGUGGUGGAGUUCGACACCCCAUCAGUCCUUCUGUCCAAUGACAGCUCCCGGUUCUAUGCCAUGUUUGCCGCUGUGGAGAACAAGGUUGCUGUCAAGGGCUAACUUCUCCCUGCCGCCGUCUCUUUUCCUUGGAGCAUUGCCAUUCCCUGCCUUGGGCGGGCCCCUCAUCGCGUCCUCCUGCCGAAACCUUGCCUUUCCCAGUUUUAUCUUUCGCACAGCAGUUCAGGAUUGGCUUGUGUGUUUCAAUUUUAGGGAGAGUCCUAUUUUGAUUAUUGUAUUUAUUCCAUAUUCAUGUAAACAAAAUUUAGUUUUUGUUCUUAAUUGCACUCUAAAGGGUUCAGGGAACCGUUAUUAUAAAUGUAUCAGAGGCCUAUAAUGAAGCUUUAUACGUGUAGCUAUAUCUAUAUAUAAUUCUGUACAUAGCCUAUAUUUACAGUGAAAAUGUAAGCUGUUUAUUUUAUAUUAAAAUAAGCACUGUCCUGAUAACAGUGCAAAUUCCUUUCUAUCAUUUUUGUACAGUUUGCUGUACUAGAGACCUGAUUUUGCUAUUAGAUUGUAGGAAGGGUAGCAUUCUGUUCUUCAGCUGGUGGUUUCACGGUGCCGGGUUCUCUGGGCGUCCAAAAGGAAGAGGUGUGGCGAUAGUGGGCCCUCCGGUGGUCCCCUUGCGCCUCCUCACAGCCACACCCGGUGGGGAGGGGCGGUGGACAGGGCUGCGGGAGGCCACGCAGAGCGCCGUGAAUUCUCAGGGCUCCUGCUUUCUGUCCUGUUGUCAUUCACUGUUUCAGUCAGGAGAGCAGUGGGGCAGAGCCCCAGCCCCCUUUUCACUCCCUCCGUCAGGAAUGAGAAUCACAGAACAUUCCUUGGACAGGGGGAGUCUCUUUCCUGCCUUCCUCUUUUUGCUGUUGUUUCUUAACCAGAAUCAAGUCUGUUCACAGAGUGUCCCACUGCCUCAGGUUCCCAAAUGCUGGCCACUGCACAGAGCUCUCCAGCUCCCACACCUGCUGGCUCCAAAGCCCCGGGCCGGCUGCUGCUUUCGUCAGUGGUACUUUGUCAUUUGCCUGGUCCCACGCCUCCACAGUUCAGUGACAGGGUUCAGGAGUUUGUGGGUCUGUUCUCUCUCACUGCAGUCGUCACACAGUCUGUCUCUCUCCAAAGUCUGCGACUUUAAGCAGCUCUUGCUAAUCAGUGUCUCACACUGGUGUAGAAGUUUUUUGUACUGUAAAGAGACCUACCUCAGGUUGCUGAUCGCUGUGUGGUUCCGCGUGUUCCCGCAAACCCCCUUCGUGCUGUGGGACCAGUAGCUCAGGUGGGUGUGGUCGCUGCUGUCAUCAACCGAUUGGUCAGCGUUGCAUGUCGUGACCAACUAGACAUUCUGUCGCCUUAGCAUGUUUGCUGAACACCUCGUGGAAGCAAAAAUCUGAAAAAGUGAAUAAAAUUAUUUUGGAUUUUGUAAAA